AUGGCGGUUUGGGUGAGGGUUUGUGUCGCAUUAAGUGGUGGUGACAACGAGAUAAAGAAAGAUGGUGAAGAAUGCUGCGGCUUGUUUCUCGAUUUUUGUUAUCAGUUUGAAGGGAUGAGAGGAGAAGUAGAAGAUGUUGUGGAGUUGAUGCAUCGUAUACAAGCACGGUUGCCAGUAAAAGAUGCGGCCCGUACGAGCGUGUUGUCCAAGUCAUGGCUACAUGCUUGGUCUACCAUCCCUACCCUCAGGUUGUAUGCUGGAAGAGGAAAGAGCAUGAAGUUGGUGGAUGUGGACCAGACUCUGAUAAGGUAUCUCCAUGACAACAUACCAAUCGAAAGCUUUGAGCUUAAGAUGGACAUGCGGAACCAGGAGUCGGCUUCUCAUGCUGAAAAAUGGAUAGGAUUCGUGGCAACCAAAACUAGUCUCAAGGAGUUUUCCCUCUCAGUUUACCUAAAAGGUGCCUCCUCUUUUACGUUGCCAGAUGAGUUACUCUUGGGUGAGAAUCUAACUAAGAUAAGAGUUGGAGCUUCAUGGGGGACCGAUAUUUCUGUUAGGAUGACGACUAGCCGUCAUCCUGUGAUCAAGUGUGUGUCCCUACGAGAACUGCACUUGGCUGGUGUGCACAUAAGUGAAGAGGCACUCAAUGACAUGCUGUCGUCCUGUAGCUCGCUUGAGAAGAUAAAGCUUUCAAAUAUAGAUUUUGGUUCCUGCGAGGGGUUCAACACCAUCAAGGUUAUAAACCUUCCUCGUCUUUACGAAUUAAGCAUAACUUUGGAUGCUGCUUUGGAAAUCAGUAAUGUCCCAAAUCUUGCUGUGUUUAGCUACGAUCUACUUCGUUCGGGACAAUUUCCAUUCGAUGCAAACCUCCAUUCAAUGUCGUUAAGCAACGUGACACAGUUAAUGUUAGGUGGUAUGGUUCGGGACAACGUGUGUCUGGACAUGAUCAAGUCAAGAUUUCCUUUUCUCGAGAGUUUGACCCUUGAUAUGAAGUCUUGGAUGUUGGGAAGCUUCCAUUUCACAUGCGCUUCAAUCAAGAUAUUGUCCUUGACGUCACACAAAAAGCUUUUCGACGUACAAGUUUGUGCUCCAAAAUUACUUUUCUUCUCAUUCUCUGGCGACAGCGUAUUGCCUGAUCUCCUGUUUCCAGUCUCGUCUCUCAGGCAAAUCAAACUCUCACUCUCACUCGACCUUCCUCUUGAUGCUUCGUUUUUUCUUAAGCUGAGGGAAGCCCUCAUGUUAUCACGCAAAUGCGACCUUUGUAUAAGUAUAACCAACAACUCUAAUAAUAGUAUGCCAUUGGACAUCGACGAACUAAGAAGAAAGCUCAUGUUUCCUCCUGCUACGAAUGUGCAAGAACUCGAGUUUGAAACGGAUGAAGAUGAAUGCCUGUGGGAACGAUCCCCAUUUUUUGAUGCGUUCUUUGAGAUUUGUCAUCCCAAGCAGAUAUAUGCACGCCCAGACAGGCACUACAGACACAACAAUCACUUUUGCAGGCUCAUGCUCAGGGAGCUCUUGGAGAAGAAAAAGUCCACUGCUAUUUGGCCUCAUCGCCUACAACAUGUUCUAAUAAGACCACUUCCUCAUAAAAAAUGGAGAACCCUAACAAAUUCCCAGAGAACCUUACUACAAGCCUUGACUCCUGUUGACUUCAAACUAAAGUGGCGUUGAUCAUCAUCUCUUGCUUCGGUUAUUUGUUUUACUAUUUAUUGUCUUUAUUUAUCCUGUUUGUUUAACACAUACUUAGGAUGUUAUACUUAAUUUGCAUAAGGAUACAACAACCCACCUUUUUAGUUUUAGCUAAACAUUUUACACCCUAUUCAUACGCCAACCUUCAUGCGUCAUCUUUGCAAAAAUCUC